AUGUCGCAUGAAGAUACAGAAGAAAAUGUAAAUACACAGAUGGAAAUUGACCACUCUCCCACUACCUCCGUUAUAUCUAUAAUGUCCAUAAUUGAUAGUGACGAUGACAACAAUUUUUAUGGUCACCAUGAAAACAAUUUAGAUGUUGAUGAUGUUAUUGUCAUUUCAUCGGAUAGUGAUGAAGAAAUUGAAAUAAAAAAUGAUGAAAAUGAUGAAAGUUAUGAUGAAAAUUAUUAUGAAAGGCAUUAUGAACAUGAAAUGAAUAGCAAAUCAUUGGACAGGUGUAGUCGCCGGAAAAAAUAUAAAAUUCGAAGGAAGACUAUAUAA